CGAAUUCCAGUAUGGAGCGUGCCUCACGUUCUGCUCCUGGCGACGCAGGGCGUGCAGAGAAAGAUUAGUAUCAAACCACCGCCGAGGAUUAGGGCGAUCAUGGCCAGGAUCGUCCACACGGUGGAUGCUGAAGUCACACGAGCAGAUAAUAGUCUUUUGGCCGCUGGCAAGUCGACAACCUCGUCGGUACCCAGACCUAAUCUCUUGGCCUUGCCGAGCAAGAACUUGAGACGUCGCGAUGUCUUCUCGCAGGACAUCCUCGCUGGCCCUCCGAUCCUAUAUCCUAUUUUUUAUGGACCCUCUCUAAUAGAAACGUUCCGGGGGGGACAUUUAUUAUAUUUUCCAACGGUUAAUCCAGAGUGUAGUUUACCACCUGACAAAGAUAUAUCAAUCCCUGGCUACAUGGAAAAUGGAUGGCAUUGUGAACCUCCUUAA